AUGGCUCCCUCACCGGCAGUUAUCGACGAAAGAGUCGUCGAUGAUGUUCCGCUGGAACAGCCCAAGCGGAAAUGGGUCAGUUACAUCUGGGACACGUUCGACAAGUCGCCCGAAGAGCGCAAGUUGCUGUUCAAGCUGGACACAGCUAUAUUGACAUUCGCUUCCCUGGGGUAUUUCAUCAAGUACCUCGAUCAAGUUAAUAUCAAUAAUGCAUUUGUCUCUGGGAUGAAAGAAGACCUUGGCAUGUACGGCAAUCAGCUCAAUUACAUGCAGACCUGCUGGACGGUCGGCUAUGUGAUUGGCGAGAUACCCAGCAAUUUGCUCCUCACGCGCAUCCGGCCCCGAUAUUGGAUUCCGGCGAUGGAGCUGCUAUGGACGGUUCUGACGUUCGCAAUGGCGCGAUGUAACUCCCCUACUCAAUUCUAUGUCCUGCGCUUUUUUGUCGGCCUGGCAGAAAGCACAUUCUACCCUGGCAUGCAGUACAUUAUUGGCUCGUGGUACCGCAAAGACGAGCUGGCGAAGCGGUCCUGCAUCUUUCAUACGAGUAGUGGAAUCGCGAGUAUGUUUUCUGGAUACCUGAUGGCAGGCGUAUAUCAUCUUGGUGGCAGGGGCGGAUUCAAGGGUUGGCAAUGGUUGUUUAUAAUUGACGGUGUCAUUUCGCUUCCGGUCGCGCUGAGUGGGUUCUUUAUUCUGCCUGAUGUGCCGGAGAUUUCGGACCCGUGGUAUCUGACCAAGGAGGAAGUCGCGCUGUCUCAGAAGCGAAUGCAGCUAGAAGGACGGAAGAAUAGAGCGCCUCUGACCACGAAGAAGCUGAAGAAGAUAUUCUCGUCGUGGCAUAUCUAUCUACUGACACUGCUGUAUUUGUGUUUCAACAAUGGUGCUGCAGGGUCCCAGCCUUUAUUCCAACAGUACCUCAAAAACUCGAAAGACCCCAAGUACUCUGUCGGCCAGAUUAAUGCCUAUCCGACUACCACCGGGGCAGUUCAAGUUGUGACAACCCUAAUCUACGCUUGGACGUCCGACUCCGUCCUCGGCGGCAAACGAUGGCCACCCGUUAUAUUCGGCGCUAUAAUCAACAUCAUCUCCUACACCUCCCUCGCUAUAUGGGAUAUCCCCACCGGCUGGAAAUGGACCUGCUACAUAAUUGCCGGGGCAGGAUACGGACUAAGUGGUCUUCUAAUGGCAUGGGCACAUGAGAUAUGCGCCGACGAUAACGAGGAACGUGCGUUGGUGGUGGGCAGCAUGAAUGAGAUGGCGUAUGUCUUUCAGGCGUGGUUGCCGCAGGUUGUUUGGCAGCAGGUUGAUGCGCCGCGGUACCGGAAGGGGUUUAUCACGGUGACGGUUCUUUCGGUUAUACUUAUUAUAUCGACGUAUGUGACGGUUGGGCUGGAGAAGAGGGAGAAGGCUGAGAGGGCUGGGAGGCUAGCCGACACUACGGAGCGUGAGAGUGAGGACAGUCUACCGAGGGUAGAUUCGGAGGAUGGAGGUGUGGUUAAGGUGUAG